AUGCCUACGCCGUCUAUCUCACCUGUCCCUUCCGCAGUCUCCUCCGCCGCAGCAUCUCAACACUCGCAUGACCCUCGGGAUGGCGAACCCCCGGUAACACACGCCCUGGCGGGCAUGCAUCUGUCCGCUGCGACCAACGGGGAUGGGGGGGAUGUGCUCUCCCCCACCCCCGCGGCCUCACCCGCCGGAAAACCAACAAAAGCCAACAUGGCCGCCCGCCUCUCGCGCAUGUUUUCUUCGACUGGAAAGCAAACUCCGCCGCAGAACCCAGACUCCCGUGAUCUGUCCGACAGCAGUUUCGACAGCCUCGUCAAACAACCCAACGGAAAAGAGAAAGACAAACCCUCCUCAAAACCCUCAUCACGACCAAACUCCAGACCUUCAUCUCGAGCACCAUCCCGGCAACCGUCCGUGAAGGGCGUCGAGCCGGCAGACAAGGAUAAGAAGAAGACUGCCGGCAAAGAGCAGAAGGAUGGUGCCGCCCCAGUGCACAAGCGCUUUGAGCUAUUCCCCGAUGGCAACGGCAAUCACUCGCAUCACCUCCGAAGUGCUCGACGACAGGAAAAAUUGACCGAUCUUCUGCGGGACAUGCUAGGCGGUAAACAGAAAAAGGACAACCACCCGGACGAGCAGCAACUAUCGCUCAUGUCUACCUGGAUCGACCAGUUCAAGAAUGAACGUGACAAGCUGGCCGCCGACAAGCGAGGCGGGCCAAACGCCACUGCAUCCCUGGUGGACAAGUACGGCAAGUGUCAAGAGAUUGUUGGCCGCGGCGCGUUUGGGAUCGUCCGCAUCUCGCACAAGGUCGACCCUCAGGACUCCAAAUGUGAACAGUUGUAUGCCGUCAAGGAGUUCCGUCGUCGUCCACAGGAAACCGCCAAAAAGUACCAGAAGCGGUUGACUUCUGAGUUCUGUAUAUCUUCGUCCCUUCGCCACCCGAAUGUCAUUCAUACUUUGGAUCUCCUGCAGGACGCCAAGGGAGACUACUGUGAGGUGAUGGAAUACUGUGCCGGUGGCGAUCUAUACACUCUAGUUCUUGCGGCUGGCAAGCUUGAAGUCGCCGAGGCCGACUGUUUCUUCAAGCAGUUGAUGCGGGGGGUCGAAUACAUGCACGAGAUGGGCGUUGCCCACCGCGACCUCAAACCCGAGAAUCUCCUGCUCACCACCCACGGCGCACUUAAGAUCACCGAUUUUGGAAACGGUGAAUGCUUCCGGAUGGCAUGGGAAAAGGAAGCCCACAUGACCGCGGGGCUGUGCGGUUCUGCGCCGUAUAUCGCCCCCGAGGAAUAUGUCGAGAAGGAAUUCGAUCCCCGCGCGGUCGAUCUAUGGGCCACGGGCGUGAUCUAUAUGGCUAUGCGAACGGGCCGGCAUCUCUGGCGCGUGGCCCACAAGGACGAGGAUGAAUUCUACCAGCGCUACUUGGAGGGCCGCAAGCACGAAGAUGGCUAUGCUCCCAUCGAAACACUGCAUCGGGUAGGCUCUGCUACUUUGUUGGGGUCCAGACAGAAACUAAUCCAGACUCAGGCCCGUUGCCGUAAUGUCAUCUACUCGAUCCUCGACCCGAAUCCUUCUCGCCGCAUCAACGCCUCACAGGUCCUCAAGUCUGAGUGGGUGCGUCAGAUCAAGCUGUGCAAGGAAGGCGAGGAAGGAUUCUGA